AUGACAUCUACUGUUCCUCAACCAAAAUUAAAAACAGGAAGAGGAAGACCUCCUAAAAUAAGAGUUCCCUGUUGUACCUGGUGCAGAGAACCUAAACAAGUAUUAAAAUAUGUUUUACCAACAUGUCAUGGUAAAAAAGAAUUUUGUUCGGAAUCAUGUUUGUGUGAAUUUAGAAAAGAAUAUCUCAAAGGUGCAUGUGCAAAUUGUGAUAACAUCUUUAAAGGACUUCCUGUCAGUUUAGAAGUUCAUGGUUCUGCGACGAAAAAUUUUUGCAGUGCACUAUGCUUAAAUAAAUAUCAAAAAAAAGUAAUGAUAUCGGAGCAAAAAAGAGCAGAUGUCGAUAAUUAUAAUGAUUCAAACAAAACAGAAUUUUUUACUCCUUUCGAAUGGGAUGCUUAUUUAAAAGAAACAAAUAGUGAGGCUGCACCUCCUGAAUGUUAUAAACAACACUUAGAUCCUCCUGUUAAUGAUUUUAAACCGGGAAUGAAAUUAGAAGCACUCGAUCCGAGAAAUGUUACCUCGACAUGUAUUGCAACUGUUAUUGCUACCCUAGGGCCAAGACUUAGACUAAGAUUAGAUGGAAGUGAUAAUAAAAAUGACUUUUGGAGAUUAGUCGAUUCUUGUGAAAUUCAUCCUAUCGGUUACUGUGAAAAACAUAACGGCAUGCUUCAACCUCCUUUAGGUUUUCGUAUGAAUGCUUCAUCGUGGCCAAUGUUUCUUUUAAAAACUUUAACUGGAGCUGAAAUGGCUCCAUCGAAAAUUUUCAAAAAAGAACCAUUAACUCCUCCUGCUAAUUUAUUCGAAGUAGGAAUGAAAAUAGAGGCUGUCGACAAAAAAAAUCCACAUCUUAUAUGUGCUGCUACAAUUGGUGCUGUUAAAGAUGAAAUGAUUCAUGUGACUUUCGAUGGUUGGAGAGGAGCUUUUGAUUAUUGGUGCCGUUAUGAUUCUAGAGAUAUUUUUCCUGUUGGUUGGUGUGCUAAAAGUGGGCAUCCGCUACAACCUCCAGGUCAAAAAUGUUCUAAAAGAUUUAAUUCUAGAGUUUGUAAUGUUUUACCGAUAGCGGGUCCCAGUUCAGUAGAUAAUUUUGAUGCUAACGUUAUAUCAACAAACGUUUCAUCGAAAAAAUUAGAUCCCGUUGAGAAUUCUAGUACAAAAACAAGUUGGUCCCUGGGUGAUGAAUCGAAAGAAGAAGAAGAAGAAGAAAGCGAAGAGCAACAAAUAAAAAGAGAAAAUCCAACAUCUCCGACAAGCGAUUCGAAUUCACCUCCCGAAUUAGAAAUUAAACGUCCUAGAUUAACAGUUCCUGCCGAAAUGGAAGCAGCCACAUCGACGACACAAUCGGAAAGUCCACCGAAACUACCACCGGAUCCAUCUGAUUGGUCGAUUGAUGACGUCAUUCAACACAUAGCCUUUACUGAUCCAGCCCUUGGUACUCAUGCAGAUUUAUUUAGGAAACAUGAAAUAGAUGGUAAAGCAUUAUUAUUGUUAAGUUCGGAAAUGAUGAUGAAAUACAUGGGUUUAAAAUUAGGUCCGGCAUUGAAAAUCUCAAACCUAGUCAACAAAGUUAAAGGAAAACGACAUUCGUUGUGA